UCUUAAGAACAAGAUGAUUAUUUUCAUCCGUGGUCACUCACGUUCUACGGAGAACACUUCUAUGCAAUAGCACAAGGAGACAAAAGAGCCAUCGAAAUCAUUAAGCUUUGGAAGAGGCAAACUCAGAAUGGUUCUUCUUAAAGAUGCUGGAUCUCCUGGUUAUAGAGGACUUGUCCACUUAGGUUGCUUCAUCAUGGCCACAGUUUCCCUUCUCGGCGCCUCUCCUGUCACCGAAUCUCCUGGAGGCAUGAAAAAGGAACUGAGACUAACCGGUGGGGAAAACAACUGCAGCGGCAGAGUGGAACUGAAGAUCCAGGAGAAGUGGGGAACAGUGUGCGGGAACGGCUGGAGCACGAAGGAGGUGUCCGUGGUUUGCCGGCAGCUGGGAUGCCCAACUUUUAUCCAAGCCCUUGGAUGGGCUAACUCCAGUGCAGGCUCUGGACACAUCUGGAUGGAUAAGGUUUCCUGUACAGGGAAUGAGUCAGCUCUUUGGGACUGCAGACAUGAGGGCUGGGGAAAACAUAACUGUACCCAUGAGCAAGAUGUUGGAGUGACCUGCUCAGGUAAGGCUUACCUACGCCAAAGCAAACGCCAAGCACAUAUUUCUGACUCAAGAAACCAGUCCCAGAUUCUGCAGCCAUGUAGUUCAUCGUCUUCAGUCCAGACAACAAGCUCUACCAUUCCAAAUGAAAGUGAUGUUCCCUGCAUAGCAAGCGGUCAACUUCGUUUAGUAGGUGGAGGCGGUCGCUGUGCUGGGAGAGUAGAGGUCUAUCAUGAUGGCUCCUGGGGCACCAUCUGUGAUGACAGUUGGGAUCUGAUUGAUGCCAGUGUGGUGUGCAAGCAGCUGGACUGUGGUGUGGCUAUUAAUGCCACAGGUUCUGCCUACUUUAAGGAAGGAACAGGGAAUAUCUGGCUAGAUGAGAUCAACUGCAGUGGCAAAGAAUCUCACAUUUGGCAAUGCCGCUCACAUGGCUGGGGGCGCCAUAACUGCAGGCACAAGGAGGAUGCUGGUGUCAUCUGCUCGGAGUUCAUGUCUCUGAGGCUGGCCAAUGAAGUUCCUAGCGAGACCUGCGCAGGUCACCUGGAAGUCUUUUACAAUGGUACAUGGGGAAGUGUCAGCAACAGCAAUAUGUCUCCAAGCACUGUCGGAGUGGUGUGCCGUCAGCUGGGCUGUGCAGACAAGGGGACCAUGAAACCCACAUCUUCAGACAAGACACCAUCCAAGCUCAUGUGGACAGAUAAUGUGCAGUGUCCGGAAGGAGUUGACACCUUGUGGCAGUGCCCCUCAUCUCCGUGGAAACAGAGACAGGCCAGCCCUUCUGAGGAGUCCUGGAUCAUCUGUGACAACAAAAUAAGACUACAGGGAGGACAUACAGACUGUUCUGGACGUGUGGAGAUCUGGCACAAAGGUUCCUGGGGGACAGUGUGUGAUGACUCCUGGGAUCUUAAUGAUGCUCAGGUUGUAUGUCAGCAGUUGGACUGUGGUCAAGCUGUGGAGGCACUAAAAGAAGCAGCAUUUGGUCCAGGAACUGGGCCGAUAUGGCUCAAUGAAGUGAAGUGCAGAGGCAAUGAGUCUUCCCUGUGGGAUUGUCCUGCCAGACCAUGGAGUCACAGUGACUGUGGGCACAAGGAAGACGCUUCUGUGAAGUGCCUCCUAGAAACGCCUUCAAAAUCAAAGCAUGGCACAGAAACGCCUUCAAAAUCAAAGCAUGGCACAGGCCACCCGGUCCUCACUGCACUCUUGAUCUGUGGGGCCCUUCUGCUGAUCCUUCUCAUCACAUUCCUCAUGUGGGCUCUGAAGCGAAGACAGAUACAGCGGCUUACAGUUUCCUCAAGAGGAGAGAUUUUGGUACAUCGAGUUCAAUACCAGGAGAUGAAGUCGAGGGCCGACGAUCUGGACCUGCUGAAGUCCUCAGGCAUCUCAUACUGGAAGGAGAAAAAGGCUGGUAUCCUGGCACUGGCAAAGAAAGAACUUGUGUGCCAGCAAGAGAUCUCACCAUUCUGACACCCAUCAGAGCCACCUGAUAGCCUGGAGCUGAAGCCAUGGCUGUAGAAGGAAGCAAGCUGAGAAAGCCAUUCAGAACAAGCCAGUGAGCAGCUUUUCCCCAUGGCCUCUGCUUCAGUUUCACCCCUCCAUGUUCCUGUCUCCAGCUCAUUUUCUGAUUUCCUUCCAUGUUAGUUUGUGACUGGGAGUUGUAAGAUGAAAUAAACCCUUCCCUCCCCA